CCCCCCCCCCCCCCCGCCGGCGACAUGUCCACCGCCAUGAACUUCGGCAGCAAAAGCUUCAGACCGCGGCCGCCGGACAAGGGCGCCUUCCCGCUGGAUCACUUCGGGGAGUGCAGCGCCUUCAAGGAGCGGUUCAUGGAGUGCCUCCGCGACAGCGGCUACGAGAGCGGUGCUUGCCGGCAGCGCGCCAUGGCCUACCUGCAGUGCCGCAUGGAGAGGCAACUUAUGGCUAACGAACCACUGGAAAAAUUGGGAUUUAAAGAUCUGAUAGAUGAGAAAUCAGAAGCAAAACCUGAAAAGUUGUAAUGAAGAAAGACAACUUCACUCCUCACGUAUGGAAAGCAUAACUCUUACGUAGUACAUAUUGUACGUUCUGUUCACAUUGCAAUAGGAAGUGUUUCCUGAAGGAACCUUUUUUCAAAGUUUAAUUUUCCUAAAAUAAGAUUUUUUUAAAUGAGCAAAAGUACUGCCUUUGUCUGCUUUCCUCAAGUAUUUCUUAACUUUUUUCUUUUAAUUUCUCUAGCCUACUCUUAAAGAUCCAUAAGAACACUUUGCCUGGGAGAAAACAAUUAUUGCCUGAAGUGUUCUCCAUGUCUCUGUAAGAACAGUGAAGUCUUAUUUUAAAAAGACAAAAAAAAAAACCCCUUUAUUGUGUAGGUCUUGAACUAUAGAUUAAUCUUAUGUGGGCAUCACUAAUAUGCUUACAGCAAUUACUUGUCAGGUGGAAAUAAAGCUGUUGUGGUACUUGCAAAUUGCUUUUUAUUAAAUACUGGUAUUAAUCCCCAUCUUUGGGGUGAUCUCCUCCUCACCCUGCUAUAGGAAACACUUGGGUACUGGGGUAGGGGUUUUUUUCAGUCUUUUAACCUUCAUCAUUGUUGGGAGAGUAUUUCUAGUUCCCGACACCAGUCAGGUAGUGAUUCUGCUUUUAUUUACCAUGCCAACCGUGUUCACCUAACUUUAUUUCAUCAUUUAACUGGGAAUCUGUCAUUAUGGAUAUAUUCAUUUCUCCAAGUAGAGCUGCCAUAUGGUUUGUUAAUGUCUUUAUGGUGAAAUUGACGUGGAGACAGGAAUGGUAUUUAUUUGUGUUCUGAGUGACUGUGAACUGUAUAUAUAAACAUGACUGGACAAUUUUAUGCUUUUAAAAACAAAUGUUUUAUAUUAAAAACCAGGGUAGAUAGAAAGGUAGCUAUCUAAGAAAUACAGUAUUUCAUUGCAAAACGCGUAGCAGCAGCCCGUACAUUGAGAAGGUGAUGCAGCAGGCCAUACAGUAGAUGGGCAUUCAGGUCUGAGUAUGUCUUUAAGCUCCCUGACAGGUGUUUGUAUAACUUACCAUGAAUUAUCAGAGCCAGUGGUAUUUCUCUCGCAUAUACUAAUGCAAGUGAGUCUUUCUUAAUUAAUACUGAGGUCAAGCCAAAAUAAUUUGGCCUAUUAGCCCCUUAGAAAUGUCUUUUAAGCAGACGAUACAUUUGUAAAUCUUCUGGAUGUAUUUUUCUAUUUUCCGCUGUAUUUCCUGCCAUGUCCCCCCUGCUGCUUUUUUUUUUGCCUUUUUUUUUUUUU